GGGUCACUCGGUGUCAUGGCCGUGUACGGGAGCCGGGGGGUCGUGGGGGCGACGACUCGACCCAGUUUGGACUCGUGUCCUCCCAUGGCGGACACAGAUUAGUUAGCAUGCUAGCGAGUUAGCCCGCCGUGCUCAGCAUCACACGCAGGGACCACAGUGUGGCUGUAGGUUCCUAGGCAGUCAUGGGGAAACUACAGAGCAAGUUUCGCAAGCGGUCUGAUAUCUACAGGGCAUCUGAGGGGGAGAAGGCAGAUAAUACCUUUGACAGUCAGGUGGUGCAGCAUGAACCUGCCCAUCAAGGAUCCAUCAGCACUGUCACGAAUCUCAGCCCAGAUCUGUGUGUGUCUGGCGGCAGUGAUCAGGCUGUGGUGGUGUAUGACUGGAAACAAGGCCGGAUGUGUCAGACCUUCCAGGGUCACAACCGAGAGGUUACUAAGGUGGUGUGUUAUCCAGGAAGUACAUGGAUCUUUAGUGCCUCACGGGACAAAACUGUUCUGAUGUGGGACCUAAACCAGGGGGAUGAACCUAUUCAGGAAUUUUGUGGGCAUGAGUUGGUGGUCAACGGACUAGCUAUCAGCCCUGAGGGGAGAAAGCUAUGCACCGGCUCUCGUGACAACUGGAUGUGCCUGUGGGACAUAGAAUCUGCAAAAUGUGAACAGAGACACAACAUCUCUCGAAACCUGGUGACUCAUGUGUGUUGGGUGCCAGCCAGCUCCUCUGUAGUCCAGACUUCUGAGGAUAAGACCAUAAGGGUGUGGGACAGCCGUGCCUGGCAGGUGACCAAUACUUUUCCAGCCAAGCAGUACAUCCAGACCCACUGUGAUGUGUCUCCCAACGGGAACUAUAUGGUGUCCAGCAGCAAUGGCUUUGGAGGGCAGGGCUGUGAAGCCACGCUCUGGGACCUGCGACAGCCUGGCUGUAAGGUUGUGGAGUACAGAGGACACCUUCAAACCACAGCCUCUUGUGUUUUUCUACCUACGCCUCCUGGUGGCACCGCUCAGGUAGUAACAUCCUCCCAUGACAGCUCCAUAAAGAUCUGGGAUCAGAACACAGCAGUUUGUUUAGGGACGUUGUCUAUGGAUGGUGCUGGUCCACUGGUUUCCCUGGCCCCGAGUGACUCCACCAAUCUGCUGUGUGCCAGCUUCAGCAACGGCAUCAACCAUAUCCAGGUGGGACAGGGAUCCAGCCAGGCUCAGGGUUCUGCAGCAGGUUCAGGUGGAGCUGGUGGCCUCGACAUUAAAGUCGUUGCACGUUUCUGAGAGUCCGGUCGAGCCUGGUGUGACUCGUAACCCUCACCUGUGACCUUUCAGCGACUCAGCAAGCAAUAGAACUGAAUUAAUUUUUUUUAUAUAAUUUGACACUGUAUUUCUAUAGACACGUUUGCUUUAUUAGACUGCCAUACAGUGAAGAAUGACAAAGGAGAUCAGCAAGAACAUGAGGGAAUUAAAAUGACAUAUAGAGGAUGUACCUUUUGUCCAGCAGAGCCAUGUGUAUGUCCGUCACAUGUUCUGUUGGGAGACUGUGAACUCCAGAGUCCUCAUGCUUGGACUGACGCCUUCAUGGACCAAGUCAGAUGAACCAAGGUUUACUCAGUUUAUAUACUACUACAGCUAGGUGGCGCUGACAAGAUGCUUUAUUCACAUGUAUUCAUUUGUAUUGAGAGUUUCUGUUAAAAAUUGGCGGCAGGAGUAUCAGCUGUGUGUUCAGGACUUCUACUGAGCCAAAUAGAAUUUCAUACUAAUAGUAUAGAUUUAGUUUUUUCCAAUAUCAGAUUUAAUAAGUGCUGUCAGAUUUACAGUCUUGUCUAUCAAGUGGAAAGUUGUUUUUAUCACCAAAACAUAGUAAAGAGGAACACGUCGAUGUUCUUGAUUAGUUUGUGCUCUAGAUUGAAGUCCAGUGUUAGGCCAAAUGACUCCAUAUGACACAGGUCUGUAUAAACAUACUUUAUUUUUAGGAUACAGAUUCUAAUAUUUGUAAACUGAAGCUGCUGAUAGUUGAUGUGCUGGUAUCCAACAUGUAUUUAAAAUAGAAAAUUACUAUGCAAUAUACCAUAGUGAUUCCCUUUUUGAUAAAACACAGGUUGAAUAAACAAGUAAAGCUGCUCAACGUGAAAAUAAAAAAACUGCAACCAGCAGUUAUUGAAGAUAUUGUUUGACAAGGUCUUCUGUGCUAUUAACAAAAUGUAUUGAACAUGAAUUCUGUCAGAAUAAAAAAUCCAGACCUAAAAAGUUCAGUGAGUGAAUGCUAAUGCUAAAGAAGCCUUAAGUGAAUGAAUUUGGCCAGUUCUAUAUUAAAAUCUAUAAUUGUCAGGGCAUGAGUAUAAAGACUCAGGCACUAGAAGUGUAACUUUAAUACAGAUUAUUACAGAUGUUAAUCUAAAGGAAACAUCUGGUUGAGUAUCUACUGUGUAUUGUUUUCGUUAAAUGUAGAUGAUAUAUAAGAAUAAAAAGUCACAGAUCACAGGGAAAUCUAAAGAGUUGCAAUAGGAAAACUACUGUGAUGUGUCGCUUAUGAUGUCAUGGGGCUUAGGAGUCCACAUUCAAUGUUUUAUUAUUUUUCUAUAAUGUAACGAACUCUACUAGCUAUAGGGAACUGAGUGUGAUCACACACUUCAUUUAUGACAAUUACAAAUCAUCACAAGCUAAUUCCGUUAUAUCUGUCAUCAUUUGGUACAUUAUACUAAGCAAUAAAUAAGACGGGGAAAUUUAAGUGAGCUACAAGCAAAUUACACGGUCACAAGAUUAAAAACACUAUCUUAUUUCUGUGGCACCGGCCAAAGGUCAGCGUGUGUUUGGCAGCGACUGGACAGUCACUUCAUUGAGAUUAAGGUGUUUGAAUCAGGAAAAAUUAGCAAACAUGAUGAUCAGAACAACUUUAAUAAGGGUCAACGCCGGAUUAUUGGGUGUGUUUACAGUGGUCAGUAUCUACCGUAUAGAAUAACCAGUGAAUCUGUGGCAUUGGCACUCAAGGCCCCAGCAAAGCCAGACCCAUGCAGUCCAGUUUCACAGAAGAGCACUAAUUAGUGAAUGAAUUUGGGGUUCUCUCUUCAAGUAAGAAUUUGCUUUUAUAACAUAACCACCAUCAGAUUUUAAUGAACACAAAAGAUCAAGCCCUACCAAUAUAAUCUGUCAUCUUACAUUGGUUUCAGUGGAACCCCUCUGAAUCUGGUGUACUUGUAAUUGACUGAUUCCACAUUUUGAUCAUUUUGUACACCCUUCUUUAGUUACAAUAUAAAAAAAACAUGGCCUCCAUGUAGGGAAAUCACAUCUGCAUGUAAUUAUCAAUGAUUCAGAAAGCAGAAGACUGUCAUACUGUGGUGUUUCAUUUAUUAAAAUCUGGACCUCAUUUUCCCUCUGUCACAAAAACAAACCACAUACCCAUCAACAGGUUUUCAUGAAGACUCGCACACAAAGUAGACAUCAGCAGGCAGAACAGUUUGGCGGUCGCCACAUCACUGAAGUACAGAAAUAUUCAGAUAUUUUAUAAAAAAAGAAGCUAAAAACGUUUUUGAAUAAAUUAAAAAAACAUCUAUCCUUGUCAAAACAAAAUUUAAAUGACAAUUGCCUUAAAUCAAUGAAAUAUAUUUACAAUAUUGGCACAGCAUGAUAUAAAAAGCUAAGUGGAAUAAGUAGGAUACAGUACAUUAAAUUAACAGAAGUACAAGUCAUUCAGGAGACCUUUUAAACAAUAAAUAUAUGAACAUAGCAUUCAGUCCAGAGCUGAGAGAAACUAAUAGAAACAUGUACUGGAAUUUUUCAGUAUCUGAAUGAUAACAGUAAGUUUUAAUACAUGAGCUAGUGGCAACUUAAAGUAUUCAGUGUUUCUUCCAUGAUGUUUGAACGGAGGGUUACAGCCUCAAUCUUGGGCCUUUGGGGUGUUAACGAGCUGGUUCUUGUCUCAGAAACCAAUAUUUUGUUGUGCUAGAAAUAAUAAAAACUG